UUCCGCUUCUUUUAUUUGCGCCAUUUUGGAUUGGGCAGUUUGCGGGCUGGCUGUGUAUUGUCUGUCAGAGGAGAAUGGGGAAAGCGCUCCUCGCUGCCGGGCAAGUGUAGGCACAGGUUCAAGGGGGGGAUUCCUGUUUCACGGGUCAAGCAGCCGACAUGUGUCCGCGCCCAGCGCUCCCGGGGACGGCGCUCCCAGUUGUCCGGUGAAGCUCGAGGCGCUCUCCGUUUCCGCUCUGUGGCGCGAGGAGAGCGGACAGCCGCUGUCGGCGAGGGAACCGUUGGGCUCGCGAGGUAGACGGACGGCCAGGGCGCUCCUCCUCACGCGGCACCUGGGAGGAUACGGCGGAGCCAGCCGGCGGGGGAAGACACGGCCUCGGCCAGCCCGAGGUGACACGGUUCGCUCAGGCCGGGAGUCCUGGAUGUGAAAGCAGGCAGGCAGAAUGUUCCAGCUCCCUGUCAAUAACCUCACCAGCCUACGGAAAGCCAGGAAAAAUGUCAAGAGGGUCCUGGGAGACAUUGGCCUGGAGUUCUGCAGAGAUCACCUCCAGGACUACAAAGACUUUAACCCUCCUGAGGUGUAUAUUAAGCACACAACCUGGGAAGAUGUGUGCAUGUGGGAACCAUCCCAUACCAAGGUCCAGGACUACAGAUCAAAGCCUUUCUGCUGCUCUGGCUGCUUAUUUUCAUCCAAGUAUUUCUCUGCAUACAAGAGCCACUUCCGCAAUGUCCACAGCGAGGACUUCGAGAACAACAUCCUGCUCAACUGCCCCUACUGCACUUUCAACGGCAACAAAAAGACUCUGGAGACGCACAUCAAGCUCUUCCACAUGCCUAGUAACAGCGUGCGGCAGGGGCCCGUCGGCAUGGUGACGGGUGGCGUCGCCGUGAAGGACAGUCUGCUGAAGAGGACGGGGGACAACGUGGAACAGGCGGUGUACUACUGCAAGAAGUGCACCUACAGGGACCCUUUAUACAACGUUGUGCGAAAGCACAUCUACCGGGAACACUUUCAACAAGUGGCCCAUCCUUACAUCGUAAAACCAGGAGAGAAGGCAAACAGCCUCAAUGGCGGCCCAGCAGAGAGUAAUAACGCGCACAGCGUCAACAUCAACCAAAUCCACUGCAAGAAGUGUCUCUUUGUUCCCCGCACCUACGAGGCUCUGGUCCAACACGUCAUCGAGGACCACGAGAGGAUUGGCUAUCAGGUCACCGCCAUGAUCGGUCACACCAGUGUGAUCGUCCCCCGACCCAAACCGGUUGUUAUGUUCCCUCCCAAAGCUCACGGAGACAAGACCAUCAUUGGGAUGGGCCCUAAAGGAGCCGUGAUGGCCACUCCGAGGUCUCCUGCUUCACAGCAGCUCAGUCGAGCAGCUGCCGCCGCCGCCGCUGCUUCCAAGGCCGGCUUUAACUCCCACAGCUUUCUAACGGGGUUAAAACACGACCCUCUCGGGUUGAAGGCUGGGGGCACUCAGCCGUUCUCUCUGGGUAACCACCAGGGUAGGGCGACUCUGCCGGGGAACGCCCAGGUGUCUGUGCCGCAGCAGUCGCACGCAGCCAAGCAGCUCAUCUCUGCUAACAACCUGCGCGGCUCGCUGGUGGUCGGCGCGUCUUCCUCGCUCAGAUCCAACCCUCUGGGCGCGCGUGUUCAGGCGGCUGCCACCACGGUGGCCUCUGUCACGGCCAAGAAAGGCGGCUCCUCCGUUCUCGGUACCUCUUACACCCAGAAGUGGAAAAUCUGCACCAUCUGCAACGAGCUGUUCCCCGAGAACGUCUACAGCGCUCACUUUGAGAAGGAGCACAAAGCAGAGAAGGUGCCUGCGGUGGCCAACUACAUCAUGAAGAUUCACAACUUCACCAGCAAGUGUCUGUACUGCAACCGCUACCUUCCCAGUGACACGCUGUUAAACCACAUGCUGAUCCACGGCCUCUCCUGCCCCUACUGCCGCGCCACCUUCAACGACGUGGAGAAGAUGGUCGCACACAUGCGCCUGUCGCACCCGGAGGAGAAGGUAGGCCCUCGGACAGACUCCCCCCUGACCUUUGACCUUACCCUGCAGCAGGGAAACCCCAAAAACGUUCAGUUGAUUGUUACUACGUACAACAUGAGAGACGCUCCUGAAGAGUCGGUGGCGUUUCACGCUCAGAACAGCGCUUCCUCUGUGUCGUCCACCCUGUCUGCUGCUCUGAUAUCAGGCAAGAGGCUGAUGCCUCCGCAGCCCCCCAAAACGCCUUCAGGACUCCCUGAUAUUCCCCCCAUCAAGAGUGCCCCGCAAGCUUCUGUGCCGUACAAGAGAGAUAUCGGAAAGACGCUGUGCCCUCUCUGCUUCUCCAUCCUCAAGGGCCCGAUCUCAGAUUCACUGGCGCACCACCUGAGAGAGAGGCACCAGGUGAUUCAGACCGUUCAUCCCGUGGAAAAGAAGCUGACCUAUAAGUGUAUUCACUGCUUAGGGGUUUAUACAAGCAACAUGACGGCGUCCACCAUCACUCUGCACCUGGUACACUGUCGAGGCGUGGGGAAGUCGCAGAACGGCCAGGACAGCCGGGUCGCUCAUUCUGCUAGAGUCGGCCAGUCUCAGAGCAGCGGCCUCAAACGGCCCAGCUCGGAAAGCUCUGACCCUAACGCUCCAAAGCGAAGGAGGCCGGGACCUCCUGGAGAGAGGGCCCACCCUCGGGAUAUCAACGGCCCGUCCGAUUUUGACGAAAAUCCGGAUGAACCUGUCGUUCUGGCUCUAGAUCCUAAAGGUCAUGAAAAAGAGUCAUAUGAGUCCAGGAAGGCUUUUCUGACACAGUACUUCAAUCAGGCACCGUAUCCCACCCAGCAAGAGGUGGACAAGCUGGCGUCUAGUCUUUGGCUGUGGAGGUCCGACGUCUCCGGCCACUUCUUCACUACUAGGAGAAAAUGCAUUCAGGAAUGUGAAAGCCAGCGGCCCAGUGUGCUGCUGGGAUUCAGCAUGCACGACCUCAGCAAACUUAAUCACGGACUGGAAUUUGACCAGGAGGUCACAUGCACAGGUGGGCACGGCAAACGGCGGACUUCCAGGACACGCAGGGGGGUUUCGGAACAGGCUCUCCAGAGACACAGGGAGCUCGUGGCUGCCAAUGGUGGAGUUAGGCAGCUACAAGAGGGGAAGGAGGAAGGAACAAACGCUAUGCCGCCUGUUCCCAAACCAAGUACUGUCAGCAGAGACCAAACCAAGACAAUCAGCAGCACCUUAACACACAAAAUGCCUCUAGACCUCUCUGAGCCCAUUUCCAUAGACUCUGAUAGUGAUGGGGAGGAGCAGCGGAGGGACAAGGAAGCGGUGGAAGCAGCACAUAUCCAUGGCAACCAGCAGCUUACUGGACCCACAGAGAAACCGGAGCCAAGGACAGACAUCAAGAUGGCUUCAGAUCUGGAUGACAUGUCUGAUGAUGAUGAUGAUGAAGACGACGAUGAUGAUGACGACGACGACGAUGAUGAUGAUGAUGACGACGAUGAUGAUGAUGAAGGAGCACAUGUAGAGAAUGGCUUCGGCACCACUGAAAGCUCAGGAAGAGACACACUACCCAUUAUUAUCCCGAAGUUUGUCCCAUCGUCCGCAAGAAGCCAGAGAGACGGAGCCCAGCUGGGCAAGCAGCACUCCUGACUGCAUCAGUCAAAGAGCUCAGUCCGUCUAAGAGAUCCCACCAAUAAAUCUGCCUCACAUGAGCUGAGCUGACGGGACAGCCACACUGGGUGGCAGAGGUGAAGCAAGGGAGACGAAUUAAAAGCCAUUCAUUGAUGCUAGGAAGCAGGACUUGGGAAGCAGCUAAAAACUGAUAGUUACACCAAACAAAAAACGGGAAAACAAAGUUUUUUGCCUUCUAUAUUCUUUAUUUCUUUGAGAUAACUCAGCAUUGGUUCAACCCCUGAGCUGCAGGGCAUGCCCGACGCGUUGUUUUGGGGUACAACCUUUUAAACUGACCAUAUAAUCCACCAUUUUUCAUGUAGGUAUACUGAGACAGGUAGUGUAAAUUUGUACAGUCUUUUAAACAUAUUUGGAAAGCUGUUGCUGUAUAUGUACCCUUAGCUAUUUGCCAUCACCUGUGUGGUAAGGUAGCCUCAUGUUCUCCAUUGCUAUGCCUAAAAAUAGAUGUUGCUUUUGUGGAUUGGUAUUUUCAUGUUUAUUUUUUAAUAAAAUUAGUUUUCUUGCCAAAUAAAUAUAUAUAAACGAACGGAACAUUUGUUAUCUUAAAUAGAGUUUAUUUUAUUUUUGUUUUGCCAAUGGCAACAUUGCAAUUGUUUUGUUUUCUCCUCUGUUGGCAUAACGAGCAAUUUCAUCCAUUUUGGCACCAAUUGCUUAUUAGCUUCGACUAUACUGUGCUUGUUUUCUAUUCUUACUCACAAGUUGACUCACAAGACUGGACAGUAACCAGGAUACUGGCAAGAAAGCUUUUUGUUUUGCUUCCAAAAGACAGAUUUGUGAUCACCAUGUGUUAUCUGAAUUGUGUGUAUCUGUUUUUUGGUUUUGGUUUUUUUUUCACCUACGCAUUUAUGAACAAUAAAGUGCUGUAAUUGUGAUUUUUCACAGAGCCA